UGUCGGCCUCAGGAUGUGGCGCUGGGCAGGCGCUGGCUGCGUGCAAGCUGUGAAGACCUGCAAACUUCCAGGACGUCGGGACCGGCCUGCCGCCCUCAUGUCCACUCUGCUCAUCAAUCAGCCCCAGUAUGCGUGGCUGAGAGAGCUGGGGCUCCGCGAGGAAAACGAGGGCGUGUAUAAUGGAAGCUGGGGCGGCCGGGGAGAGGUUAUUACGACCUAUUGUCCUGCCAAUAAUGAGCCAAUAGCAAGAGUCCGACAGGCCAGUAUGGCAGACUAUGAAGAAACUGUAAAGAAAGCAAGAGAAGCUUGGAAAGUCUGGGCAGAUAUUCCUGCUCCAAAGCGAGGAGAAAUAGUAAGACAGAUUGGUGAUGCCUUGCGGGAGAAGAUCCAAGUUUUAGGAAGCUUGGUGUCUUUGGAGAUGGGGAAGAUCUUAGUGGAAGGCGUGGGAGAAGUGCAAGAGUACGUAGAUAUUUGUGAUUAUGCUGUUGGCUUGUCGCGGAUGAUCGGGGGACCCAUCUUGCCUUCUGAAAGACCUGGCCAUGCACUCAUCGAACAGUGGAACCCUGUCGGCUUAGUUGGAAUCAUCACUGCAUUCAACUUUCCAGUGGCGGUGUACGGCUGGAACAAUGCCAUUGCAAUGAUCUCUGGGAAUGCCUGCCUCUGGAAAGGAGCUCCAACGACUUCCCUCAUUAGUGUAGCUGUCACUAAGAUAGUAGCCAGGGUGCUGGAAGAUAAUAAGCUGCCUGGCGCAAUUUGUUCCUUGACCUGUGGUGGAGCAGAUAUUGGCACAGCGAUGGCCAAAGAUGAGCGAGUGAAUCUGCUGUCCUUCACUGGGAGCACUCAGGUGGGAAAACAAGUGGCCCUUAUGGUGCAGGAGAGGUUUGGGAAAAGUUUGUUAGAACUUGGAGGAAACAACGCCAUUAUUGCUUUUGCAGAUGCGGACCUCAGCUUAGUUGUUCCGUCAGCGCUCUUUGCUGCCGUAGGGACAGCUGGCCAGAGGUGCACCACUGUGAGGCGACUGUUUUUACAUGAAAGCAUCCAUGAUGAAGUUGUAAAUAGACUUAAAAAGGCCUAUGCACAGAUCCGUGUCGGAAACCCAUGGGACUCUGAUGUUCUCUACGGACCACUCCACACCAAGCAGGCAGUGAACAUGUUUCUUGGCGCUGUGGAAGAAGCAAAGAAAGAAGGAGGCACAGUGGUCUACGGGGGCAAGGUUAUGGAUCGCCCAGGAAAUUACGUGGAACCCACAAUUGUGACAGGUCUCGCCCAUGACUCAUCCAUUGUGCACACAGAGACUUUUGCUCCGAUUCUCUAUGUCUUAAAAUUCAAGAAUGAAGAAGAGGUCUUUGCGUGGAAUAAUGAAGUGAAGCAGGGACUUUCAAGUAGCAUCUUUACCAAGGAUUUGGGCCGAAUAUUCCGCUGGCUUGGACCUAAAGGUUCAGACUGUGGCAUCGUCAAUGUCAACAUUCCAACCAGCGGGGCCGAGAUUGGAGGUGCUUUUGGAGGCGAGAAGCACACUGGUGGUGGCAGGGAGUCGGGCAGCGACGCCUGGAAGCAGUACAUGAGGAGGUCGACUUGCACCAUCAACUACAGUAAGGACCUUCCACUGGCCCAAGGAAUCAAGUUCCAGUAACAGUGUUUCAGGUGGCAUCACUUAGGUAACUCCUGCGGCUGCUCUAAAGAAGACCAGGAAAUUAAGAUUUGCCCUGAAUAAAAACAGCAUUUUGAAUAUG